AUGUUAGCUCUACCUACCUCCGACCCUCUGCCACCUCUUGUGGUUUCUUCCGUUCUCCACAGCCCCACCACCGCCAUUGAUAGCAAUCUCCCCAGCGACCAGCUUCUCGAGAUUAUGGGACCGCAUCUUGAGAACAGAAACAAGAAGAAAUCGAGGGCUGCAUCUUCAACGGCUAUUCUCAUUGAUGAUGAUGGAUCUGAUGGUCCUCAAGAUGCUCGCGUGGCGGCAAACGACUCGACUUACGUCAGGUCCUACAGCCGGGCUCUGUUGUUCAAUCUGGCCUCCUUUAUCCUCCCAGCUCUCUACAGCACCCUUUCCAAGCUGUGGGUAGCUCGCAUCGACGCUUCCCUCGUCUCAACUACCGACACCUACACCUACAUUGGCGUUGUUGUCGAAAUCAUCAAUGAAGGACUUCCUCGCGCGGCCUGGGUCAUCAUUGGUGACAAGGCCUCGCGGAGUCUGGCCCAGCGCCUGGCCCUCACCCACACGCUCAUACUCACGCAGGCUGCCCUGGGCUUCGUAAUGAGCAUCGCCUUUGCCGCUGCCGCCCCGGCUUUUGCCAAGUCCUUUGUUCCGGGCCAGAUCCGAACCGUGAGCGUCUCCUACAUACGAAUCACCGCCUUUACGGCGUUGAGCAGCACUGUCGAGGUGGCCGUAUCCUCUGCUACAAGAGCUCUGGACCGACCGGAUGUUCCCUUCAUCAUCAGCAGUGCCAAAUUUGCCAUCAAUAUUGUCCUUGACCUCUUGAUCGUUUCGCCAUUCCACGUCGGGAACCACACGCCCUCGGUGCUGCAUCAGGCUGCCAUCCUACUCUCCUGUAACCUCGUAUCCGCCCUGGCUGGCACAGUAUACUUCCUCUGGCGCAACUCGCUCGUCGCAUCUAGGAUCCAUAACUUUGGCCACAAAUCAAGCAGACCUACGCCUCGGCUCUUGCUUGUACUGGCGCGCCCUGGCCUCUUUACCUUGAUCGAAUCCGCCAUUAGAAAUGUUCUGUACCUCUGGCUCGUCGCUAACAUUGUCUCCAUGGGAUCCACGUACGCAACUGCCUGGGGAGUGUUCAAUACCAUCCGCUGGGGUCUGAUUAUGGUACCGGUCCAAGCCCUGGAACAGACAUCGCUCACGUUUACCGGCCACAUGUGGGGAGCCUUCAGAAACAGUAUUGGCACGUCAACGUUGCAGCCUGUUGUCGACAUUCGUACGGCUCUGUCUAUAAUGCGCCCAGCUGGGGCAUCUCUUGUAAUAGCCCUAGUCUUUGAGGUCCCAGUGUGUUUGUUCUUGUCCUUCUUUGGUGCUCGACCUUUUGCACGAUAUCUUUCCGGCUCUGAUGAUGUUGCCGACAUCACAGCGAUGAUGUGGCGUACUAUCGAUUGGUGCUAUAUCUUCUAUGCAAUGUCCACGCAAAUGGCUACCGUUCUCCUCGCAACAAGACCGCGCUGGUACCUAUGGCAGAGUUUAGUGAGUAACCUACUCUAUGUGUUGCCAUGGGCCAUAGUGUGUCAGACGGCCAACCUAAACGCUGAGCGGGCUUGGACAUAUCACUCUUUUGUUUUUGGCGGAAGCUUGGUGUUUAGUUUUGUCGACAUUCUUCUCAUCGACAGUUUGUGGGUUUGGGCCCUGAAAACCGGCAGGAUGAAAUUGGAGACCCUCAGGACAUGA